AUGGUUCGAUUGAAAGGAAACCUUGCGAGUUUGUUAACCUACUGCACUCUACUCAUUUUUCUGUAUUUAUUCGUCAUAAAACCAUUGAUCCCCAAAAUACUUAUCACAACGAGAGAUUCGACAUCCUCAAAUAAGCCUGUACCGGUAACGCCUUCAGAAGUAGAAGGAAUACCGGAUAUGUUGGAUGACCUGAUAAUUGAUUGUGAGUCUGUGAAAAAAGGGAAUCAGCCAAGAACAGCAUCAGUACCAAUAAAUAUCAGAAAUGUGGAAGAUCGAUUACUAUAUGCCAAGGAUAGAUGUGAAUCUCUAAAAGAGCUAUACCGAUUCAACAAUAAACCAUUGUCCCUAGAAGAGGCAAAUUAUACCUUGGCAUAUGGAAUGCUAGUCUACAAGGAUUUACCACAGGUGCUCUUCAUGCUCUCCUCAGUUUAUCAUCCCCAAAACGAGUACUGUAUCGCAGUUGGUGAAAAUUCAGAACCACUUUUUCAAAAUCUCUUGAAAGAACUGUCCCCAUGUUUUCCAAAUGUGCAUUUUAUGAAACGUCCACCAAUCAGUUGGGGAAGCCACGAGAUCAUAAAUUCGGCGUACGAAUGUCUUCAAUUUUUGAGCCAUUUGAAAAGUGAUUGGAAAUAUUUCCAAUAUUUAUCUGGAUUCGAUGCUCCUUUAAAAACGAAUCUGGAGAUGGUCCGGAUUCUGAAACAGCUGAAUGGAACGGCAAAUGUGGAGAUCGCAAAGUAUCAAUGGCAGAGGUUGAGAGGGAAAAAUGAAACCCAAUCCCCACUUCCUCUUUUCAAAUCCAGCCUAUCUGCACUAAUUCCAAGGGAUGCAGCUAAUGAAUUGGUGACUAGAGUUCCUGAAAAACACUGGAAUUGCGGACGAAGGAUUCGGGGAACGAUGUUAGGAAAUAAGGACAAAUUCAAUGUUCCUGGGUCGAUUAAUGCUCAAGAAUGGAUCGAUUAUCGAGGAAAUCACACGGAAUUAAAACGAACAGAGACUGGAUGGCGAUAUUAUAUAUCGAGGGAUCAAAUUUGGGGUCGUAGUGAAUGCCGGAAUUAUAUGAAGUCGGGAUCUUGUGUUUUUGGAAUCGGAGAUGUACUUAGAUUAUUGAAAUCCAAAGCGCUUGUGGCUCAUAAAUUCUAUCUUAACUCACAGCCAGAUGCAUACUUUUGUUUAUUAAAAGAAAUCCGACACCGUACCACCCAUCCGGAUCCCAAUUUCGACGCAUCUGAUUAUUCAAAACUUCCCCAAGUGGAGCUUUCUCGUGGUCUCAAUUUCUCUCAAUUGACAUAUCCCGAUUGGAUUGUAUGA